UGUUGUCACUCAGGUAAACUUAAGUGCGACACAAACGCGCUCAUAGGCGGAAGUCAAGUGUCGGCGGGCCAGAUUCUCUCGUUUCUCUUCAUUUCAUUCAUCUUCGCAGGAUGUUGCUGAAGGUGUUUUUGUUGAGUUUUUUGGUCCAGUUCGGAUCUGUUCUCAGCUGCGAAUGGAACCAGUCCACCGGACCGAAUCAGCGUCUGAACGUGUCCUCCCUGACCGAGGGCGCGCGGAUCCUGGGCCCGGACAUCGAAGUCUUGGAUCCGGAAGGCUGCAAGGCGGCGUGCUGCGCCCAUCCGGAGUGUGACCUGGCUCAGGUGGAAUUCCCGGCGGACAGGACCCCGCUGUGCACGUUGGUGAGCUGUGUGAGCAAUGGGCUCGACGUGUGCGCGCUUCAGCCCAGCUCCCACGGCUGGGUGUUCCGGAGAACGCUGCCGGAAGCCGGAGGAGAGUCACCGAAAGGGGAACGAAAGCUGUCUGUCGUCCCGCUUCAGGAGUCCCCGGGGACACCGCGGAGCAACGACUCAAUCAACGUUUUCUGUCGUUUGCCGAUGAAGGUGGGACCAUGCCGAGCAGCUUUCCCCAAGUUCUUCUACAAUGUGACGAGUCAGAACUGCAGCGGCUUCAUCUACGGCGGCUGUGACGCCAACGGCAACAACUUUGAUUCUCGGCAGGAAUGUGAGGCGACCUGCAGAGGAGUUACAGGUUCAGUUCUACCUGAAGACUCGACUCCUGCGCCUCCUCCUCAGCAGCCUGCCGCUAAAGCUCCUCGAAUGGCUCCUGCUGAGUUUGCUGCCCCAGAGAGUAAAGAGCCACCAGCUGACCUGUACUACGAGCUCUGUGAGGCGAAGGUCGAGGUGGGUCCCUGCAGAGCGUCGAUGAAGCGUUGGUUCUUCAACAAGGAGACGGGGAGCUGUGAGCUGUUCUUCUAUGGAGGUUGCAAAGGAAACCAAAACAACUAUGAGACUGAGGAGAGCUGCAAGGCAACCUGUGCAGGUGCCGCAGUCCUGCCGUCUAAGAAACAUCCAGAUGAAGACCAAAGUCACGGGGACAUCAGAGAACACUGCAUGUUGAGACCCGAGACUGGACCGUGUCGCGCUGCCUUCCCUAAAUUCUACUACGACCCAGACUCCACCUCCUGUAAGAGUUUUGUGUACGGCGGCUGUGGCGGUAACGACAACAACUUUGAAUCCUUGGAGGACUGCAUGAAGAGCUGCAGCGGAGACGGUUCACCUGGCAGACAUGGCACAACACGAAGCCAGUGGACUGCAGCUUUCUUCCUCUUCGUAACUCUGGCUGUCAUCUGCACUCUUCUGCUGGCGACCCUCAUCAUCAUCACUCUGAGGCGCCACCGGCUGUCUCGUCGUCCAUCCUCAGUCAGCGAUAAGCAAGAGCUGCUACCAGACACAGAUGAGCUGUCCUCUCUGGACUCGAUGACUGUCCCUGAAAGUCCCAAACCAGAACUAAAGGCCUGAGGAGGCUCUUGGGCCAUCAGGGAACUGAUCCUUCCUCCUAUUUUGUCUCAAACAUUCUUCAGGGUUACAAAUGUGAUCGGAGGUCAGAUCAAAGGCGGCUGCAGUUCUGGGGUGAAUCUCAUGUUUCUGCUAACAUUAAAUGUUUUUCUCCACAGCAUCUGAAUGUUGCUCAAUCUGCUGAUUAUUAUUUUUUCUAUCGCCUAUUUAAGUCGGCUUCAGGUCAAAGGUCAGAAUCAACCUAUUAAUGAUCAGCUUUCCUUAGAUGGAUUUUACUGAUGUUGAAUUGUAGAUUUUAUGUUUUGCAAAGUUAGCUUUUGUUCUUUGAUUCAAUCGGGAAGCUGUUUGAUCAGUUGUCAAUAUUCUGUGUGAUCAAGGUGUGGGAUUAAUUAUUCAAUCAGAUGUGUGUAUUGAUCAAUCAACUUUGACUGUCAGGUGAAACGUAACGUUCAAUAAAUUAUGUGAAUGCUUUUUCCCAUGAUGCACCUGAUCCCUGAAGGCAGAAGUUUGAAUGAAUCAAUUUUAUUGUUUGUUGAAUUCUUCAACUCGUUUUUAUUUAUCACAUAUGAAAAUAAACUUUUAUUUCCUCUGAAA